GGCCUUUAGCAGAGUUAUUGAUCAGAGACACUAGGAGGAUGUGCUGUCGUGAAGUCCGUGUUCCUCCCGCAAAGUUAUCCAUCCACACACUCAAUUUCUCACACCCCACCAAUUAACUAGUCAACAUCCCGGGCGGAGGAGAAAAAACCACUUCUUCAGGAAACACACAGUUACAACUGAAUUUUGUCUUAGCCUUCUGGCCUACCAUCCAAAAUCUUUCCAUCCCUACUAUGUCAAAAUUCGGUGUUUUGGUUAUGGGCCCAGCGGGCGCCGGCAAGACGACCUUUUGCACCGCGCUCAUACAACACCUUCAAAACGCGCGACGCAGUUGCUUCUACGUAAAUCUCGACCCCGCCGCUGAAUCUUUUGCCUAUGAACCGGAUUUGGACAUUCGAGAGCUUAUUACUCUGGAAGAUGUGAUGGAAGAAUUGGGUCUUGGCCCAAACGGCGGUUUGAUGUACUGUUUUGAAUUCCUCCUUCAGAACCUCGAUUUUCUCAACGAAGCGCUGGAUCCAUUGAGCGAAGAGUAUUUAAUUAUAUUUGACAUGCCAGGUCAAAUAGAGUUAUACACUCAUGUGCCGUUACUGCCGUCGCUGAUACAAUAUCUUUCCCGUGCUGGCCCGUUGAAUAUUUCGCUUUGCGCUGCAUACCUCAUGGAAAGCAUAUUUGUGGUGGAUCGCGCAAAAUUCUUUGCUGGCACCCUGAGUGCCAUGUCUGCCAUGAUUUUACUAGAGAUACCGCACGUCAAUAUCUUAAGCAAGAUGGACCAGGUCAAAGGGUUGGUGGGAAAGCGGGAACUGAAGAGAUUUAUGUCCGUCGACGUUGAGCUGCUGAAUGAUGAAAAGAAUGAUGGAGAAACACCCUGUGAUCCCUCAUCUACCGGCGAAUUACUAAGCGGCAGCUCCUUCAAACGGCUAAACCGUGCUGUCGGUCAACUUAUUGACGACUUCAGCAUGGUAUCGUUCUUGAAGCUAAACGUGCAGGAUGAGGAUAGCAUUGCGGGAGUGCUAAGCUACAUUGAUGACGCCAUUCAGUUCCAUGAGGCACAAGAGCCGAGAGAGCCGGCAGACGAGCAAGAAUAUGACCUGGAGUGAGGCAGCUUCUGCGUUGUUGAAUACUCCUAAAAGCCUGAACAUGAUAAACCGUUGGGGUCGGAAAGCCAUUUGAGGCUUACCAUCUACUUCGCUCCCGAUCACGAUGCUGUGGCUUGGAAGGCUGCAAAGGUCCAUUCAUCGCACGAGAGGCUUUUUCCCACCAGGACCGGCCUCUACAAUGCGGCUUCAGCUGACCUGGCUGAGCCGCAAAUCUAGAAACCUGCCCUUUCGAGCGGUGAGAAUGGUGAUAUGCGAGAGUGACACAUAAAGAGACCGCAUGGGCUCCAGAAAGAAAAUAAUGGUAUACGCAUCAAGAUGCCACGAGCACAGUCACCCAUAGACUUCGAUAUGAAAUAGUCCAAGAAAAACCUCAGUUUAUGGCAUGCUUGUAAAUAUGCCAAUUAAACUCUUGCAAUAAUCCGGCUAUCCCCUUUGACCCGAGUUCA